GUUUUCAUUUUUAAAAAGAAAUAAUAGAAUAUAAAAUAAAAAAUGGAUCUUUCUUGGUGUAUAAUUUGUGAUCGUCACUGUAUUGACAACAAUCUUUAUUGCUCAGAAGUGUGUCGUUUUCAAGAUAGCAACAAUGCCCCUGACAACCAUGAUCUAAUGAAUAAUAACAAGUCAACAACUAUGGUUGAAAUCCCCAUACCACCCUCUUCUUCUUCUUCUUCACCUGUUCUUACACCUUUCUUGUAUUCAUUCCAAUCUUCAUAUGAUCGUCGUCGUCGUCAUCAUCAUCAUCAUUAUUCAACUCCUUUCCAUAGUGUGACCUCUACUUCUUUUCAUUCUUAUCAUCAACCAUCACUUUGUAGUUCAACUGCUUCUUCUGUUUCUUCCCUUUAUGUUGAUAACACAUAACAGCAUGAUAAUGAUUACAUUAGAAUUACCUUUAUUAUUAUUAUUAUUCGAUUUCAUUGUUUGAAAUGACUCUCUCUCUCUCUCUCUCUCUCUGUGUGUGUGUGUGUGUUCCCCCUUUGAUAAUGGGCGAUAUGAAACAAGAAGCUUUCUUCCUUCUCCUCCUCCUUCUCUCCCCCCCCCUCAGUGGUAAUAUCCCAACAAGUAAAUAGAUGAAUAGCUUACCCAAGAAGAUUAGAUUAAAUUAGUGUAGACAGAUAGAAAUUUGAUCAAACUAUCUCUAAACUUUGUAAUCGUACAUAAUUUAACGAUCAUUCCCUUUCUCUUUGGUACUCUUUUAUUCUCUCUCUCUUUUUAUUAAUAAAAAAAAAUAUAUAAAUAUACAUGUAUAAAAA